AUGCCCUUUGCUGAGACGGAGAUGGUCCUGGUCAACAACCCUAUCACGCUUCAGCCCAGCGGGUGGAUGUACAGUUGUUCCCUGGAUCAGUUCUUGGAGCGGUUUGACUUCUCAAUCAAACACUCCGACAAGGUCCAGCCGACGUCGAAACGGGUGGAGCGCAUCAUUGAUUCGCUCACCUACAAGGUCUACCGUUACAUGAACCGCGGCCUUUUUGAGCGUGAUAAGAUGAUGUUCAAGUGGUUGGUGGCGCUGAAAAUGAUGGUGGUCAACGCUGACCUGACCAGCGAAGACGUCUUGGUUUUCCUGAAGGCUGGCGGAUCCCUGGAUAAGAACAACGAGCGGCCCAACCCGUUCAACAAGUGGAUGGGAGAGAAGGCAUGGCUGAACGCCAUACAGCUUACCCGUCACGGGUUUGGCAGAGAUCAGAAUCCAAUAUUCCGGGAACUGACGGACUUGCUGCAGAGGAAUGAGCUGGGCUGGCGCCAGUGGUUCGAUCAGAGCGAGCCGGAGAACUGUCCGGUUCCUGAGUACGAAGACAGAAUUGUCAUGGAGAGAACCAUAGGUCCGUUCAUACGUCUUGUGUUGGUUCGGGCUUUGCGGGAGGACAGAGUUGGAAUCGCCAGUGCGCAGUUCGUCGACAAACAGCUUGGCCCCAAAUACACUGCACCCGUCAGCGAUACCAUCACCGACAUCUACGAGGAGUGCAGCUCGCGCAAACCUGUCCUUUAUCUGCUUUCGGCCGGGACAGACCCGACAAAUAUGAUAGACGAGCUGGCCAAGCGGAAAAAGAAGUUCCCUACUGACAAGGUUUCGAUGGGCGAAGGACAGGAGAAGGUUGCUCGAGAAAAGAACGGCGCAGCGUUUAUUAAUGGUGGCUGGGUCAUUCUGCAAAACUGCCAUUUGGGAACUGACUACAUGAAUGAGGUGGAAGAGACAUUGAUGAAAACCCCGGAGAUUCACACGAACUACAGAUUGUGGAUCACAUGUGAGAUCACCUCUCGCUUUCCAAUCGGCUUGUUGCAGAUGUGCAUCAAAGUCACCCUGGAACCCCCUGCUGGUUUGAAAGCAUCAUUGCACAGAACAUAUACAACCAUGAUCAUCCAAGAGACCCUCGACAAGGUAGACCAUGAGAAAUGGAGAACACUACUUUACACCGUGGCUGUCCUGCACAGCAUUGUCCAGGAGCGCCGCAAAUUCGGAGCAAUUGGUUGGUGUGUGCCAUACGAGUUCAACAACUCGGAUCUGGACGCAUCCCUGCUGUUUCUGGAGAAGCAUCUCUCCUCAACCAUAUUGGUGGGACUGCCACUGACGUGGAACACGAUUCAGUACAUGAUUGCAGAAGUGCAGUACGGCGGGCGGAUCACGGACGAUCUUGACAGGGAUCUCAUCAACACAUACGCUGCCAAGUGGUUUUGUGACGAGAUCUUUAAACCUACUUUCUGCUUCAACACCCACUCUGCCGACUUCAACUAUCAGAUCCCAGCAGACGCAUUGGAUAUCAGCUCCUACAGGGACUACAUCGAAACCAUCCCACCAGUGGAUUCGCCACUCAUCUUUGGCUUGCACCCCAAUGCAGAUAUCACUUAUCGUAUCAAAGAAGCUGCUGAGAUGCUGACCACAAUCGUUGAAACUCAGCCGAAGGAGAGCAGCGCAGCAGCAGGGAAGUCUGUCGAUGAGCAGGUCAAGGAGAGCGCCACUGACCUGCUUGGCAAGCUGCCGCCGGAUUUGGUGGAAGAGGUUUUCCGUGCACAGAUCCAGAAGAUGAAAGGUCCACCCCGAAUGGAGGAACGAGGUUUCGGAGCACCGUUGCACAUAUUUCUGUUCCAGGAGCUGCAGCGACUGCAAAAUAUCAUCGACAUCGUGCGCAAAAACUUAGACAACCUUGUGAUGGCCAUCGACGGCACUGUCGUUAUGACGGUCGAGCUGCUGGAGGACCUGAACUGUGUGUUCGACGGCCGUGUGCCCCGUGGCUGGACACAUGAUGCUUCCGGGGCAGAAAUCUCCUGGCUUCAGCCAACGCUGGGUAUUUGGGCUGCGGGCCUUACAGACAGGUACACUCAGCUGAAUACCUGGCUGGAAUUUGGGCGCAAGGAGAUGAAGUCGUACUGGAUCACCGGCUUCACGAACGCACAAGGGUUCUUGACCGGAAUUCGCCAGGAGGUGACUCGUCAACACAAGAAGGACCAGUGGGCACUGGAUGAGGUGGUGACACACACGGAGGUGCUCACCCUCGACACCCCUGACCGCGUGAGGGAGCUCCCGGAAGAAGGACAGAACAUACAUGGUCUCUUCAUCGAGGGCGGGAAGUGGAACCGUCUCGAGGGAAAGCUGGAGGAAAGCGAGGCCAAGAAGCUUCAGAUGAACAUGCCGGUCAUCUAUGUCACAGCUCUUGAGGUCAAGACGCUCAAAGCGAUCAAUACGUCUUCUGGGCCUUUUCCUGCCUUCAAUGCUGCUGUCUACAAGUAUCCAAGAAGGAAUGAUAGGUACCUCAUCUUCAGGCUCUUGCUCAGAUCCGGUGAGCACCAUCCGCAUCACUGGAGGCUACGCGGAGUUUGUCUUGUUGCCCAGACCGACUAG